GAAAAUAAAGCCCUGGGCUCUAGCUGGUUUGGAGGAAUGAGGAAGAGUCCCCUACAGCUGCUGCAUGACCUGGACCAGGGUGGGCACUCUGUGAUGGCCCAGGUACACCAGCAGCGGCGCGAGCUGCUACACCAGGCCUGCAGCCGCCACACACUACGACAGCGCCUGCUGCAGCCAGAGGACCUGCGGCACGUGCUGGUGGACGACGCACACAGACUGCUGUACUGCUACGUGCCCAAGGUGGCUUGCACCAACUGGAAGCGCACGCUGCUGGCACUGCGUGGCCGUGGGGACCCAGGCUCCAUCCCUGCACACGAGGCGCACGCGCCUGGCCUGCUGCCCUCUCUGGCUGACUUUGCACCGGCAGAGGUCAACCGGAGGCUGCGCGACUACCUAGCCUUUCUCUUUGUGCGCGAGCCCUUCGAGCGACUGGCCUCCGCCUACCGCAACAAGCUGGUGCAGCCACACAGUGCGGCCUUCCAGCGGCGCUAUGGCACGCGCAUCGUGCGCCGCCUACGACCACACGCGCAGCCGGACGCGCUGUCCCGUGGCCACGACGUGCGCUUUGCGGAGUUCCUGGCCUACCUGCUCGACCCGCGCACACGCCGCCACGAGCCCUUCAACGAACACUGGGAGCGCGCGCACGCGCUGUGCCACCCAUGCCUAGUGCGCUAUGACAUAGUAGGCAAGUUCGAGACGCUGGCUGAUGACGCAGCAUUUGUACUGGACCUGGUGGGUGAGCCUGGUCUAAGCUUCCCGGCUCCACCACGGAGGCCAGAGAAGGACCCCACUCGUGACCAGGCCCGGCGCCUCUUCCAGGACAUCAGCCCCUUCUACCAGCGCCGCCUCUUUGACCUCUAUAAGAUGGACUUUUUUCUCUUUAACUAUUCUGCCCCCUCCUACCUGAGGCUACAUUAGGGUCGGUGGAUGCUGAGGAGGCCUGUGACUGCUGUGACCAAGAGGCUGUCAGGAAGCCUGAAGUGAACCUGGUAGUGUGGUUUGGAGAACCAUUCUAAUACCUUACCCAGUGGGCCUGACCAAGAUCCUGGAAACAGGCCCCACUCAUACCAACUGGGUUGGGCACAGCUUGCCUCGGGUGACGGUUCUGGCCCUUUCUGCCUUUGGUUUGAUCAAUAUCUCUUCUGCUGCACGAGGCAGGCUUCUUUCCAGGAACCCAGGUUUUUGUUUGUUUGGUGGUAGUGGUGGUUGGUUGGUUGUAAGAGGCCAUUCUCGGUCAUGUCUAUGCAGAGCCUGUCCAUGGUGCUACAAGACAGAAUGCCAGGGUUUGGCUCAAUGUGGUCUGAUAUCCUGCCCUGUGCCUUCUUCUCUUCACUCAGGCUGGCAAGCCAGAGAAAAGGCAUGUCCUGCCCAGCUUGGGAGGAAUGGC